UCAAAUUUUCUUUUCAUAGGAUUCCCUGAUAGUUUCACGAAAGGUUGUUUGCUUUUUUGUCCAUACUGUACAUAUUCGACACAUCUAAAAAGAAACUUAAGAACUCAUAUGAAUUUGCAUACUAGAGAAAAAUUAUACACAUGUGAAACAUGCAAAAAGUCUUUCAACCAAAGCUGUCACCUGAGAAGACAUUCUAGAAUACAUACUGGAGAGAGGCCUUACAAAUGUUUCAUUUGCAACAAGACAUUCAAUCAGUCUUCUAUCUUGCAGCGUCAUAUUAUAAUAUCACAAAAAUUUUUCACUUAUAAGAAUAAUCUGUUUUUAAGUUAUUUUAUUGUACUAAAAAAAUUUUGUGUUGCAGGAACUUCUAACUUUUUCCCAAAUGAACAAGGCUUAUAUGUUUGUACAUUCUGCACAUAUUCUACACCUGUAAAAAGAAACUUAAGAAAUCACAUUAAUGUGCAUACUAAAGAACGCUUGUAUACAUGUGGAGUAUGCCAAAAAACUUUCAACCAAAAAUGCAAUUUGAAGAUGCAUUACAGAAUACAUACAGGAGAAAAACCUUAUAAAUGUGACAUCUGCAACAAAGCAUUUAAUCAGUCAUCCACCCUGCGUUCUCAUAAGUUAAUUCAUCUUAAGAAAAAUCAAUUCAUGCUUUCAUUUUUUAUUGUCAUUGCAGAAAUCUUUGUUUACCAAAAGGAGAAAGAUUUUUAUGACUCUACGCCUUUGAAAGAGAGCUCUCAAGUGCGACAUUAUACUUGUGACAUUUGCCAAAAAACGUUUAAAUGCAAGAGUAACCUGAAUAAACAUUACAAAAUACACACUGGAGAGAAACCUUAUAUAUGUGACAUCUGCAAUGAUUCGUUCAAUCAUCCAUCCAAUCUGCGUCGCCAUAAGCUUAUUCAUUUCAGGGAAACCUUAAGCAAAUUCCUAUGAGCUUAACUAAUGUGUUGCUUUGUAUGAUAAAUUUGAAAAUUAGCUUUAUACAUUACUUCAUAUUUAUAUAUUUAUUUUUAAUUUAAUGUGUAGUAUUUCACAUC